AUGGUGUGUGGUAAACUUGUCCUUGUUGCCCUGGGGCUUGUCCCCCUGUCACUAUGUCAGGAUGCACCAACCAAGGAGUACUUUGAGGAGCUGGAGCGCUUCUGGAGCUAUGGAAGGUCUCCGCCAGUCUAUCCCUCACCCGCAAGCUCCGGGUUGGGUGACUGGGGCGACGCCUACACCAAGGCCCAGGAGCUGGUAGCCCAGAUGACGAUGGAGGAGAAGGAAAACGUCACCAUCGGGUACCAGCACUCCCUCAAUGGCUGCGCUGGAAAGGGCGGCAGCGUUCCUAGGCUUGGGUUCCCGGGCUUCUGCAUGAGCAACGCUGGUAACGGCGUGGGAGGCACCGAAGGCGUGAAUGCAUACCCGGCUGCCCUGCACGUCGGCGCUUCCUGGAAUAGACAGCUGGCGUACGACAGGGCUCUGCACAUGGGGCGGGAGUUCAAGGCCAAAGGAGCCAACGUGGCGCUUGGUCCUGCCGUUGGACCACUGGGUCGUGUGGUAAAGGGCGGAAGAAACUGGGAAGCGACGGGCAAUGACCCCUACCUCACGGGCGCGCUGGCAUACGAGACCAUCUUGGGUCUGCAAAAGUCCGUCAUCGCCUGUCUCAAGCACAUAGUCGGCAACGAGCAAGAGACGAGUCGCAAGCCCCCACGGUACCUGCCCAACAACCACAACCAGUCCCUGUCGUCCAACAUUGACGACAAAACCAUGCAUGAGCUGUACCUCUGGCCGUUCCAAGACUCGGUUCGCGCCGGCGUCGGCUCCGUUAUGAGCGCAUACCAGCGCACCAACAACAGCGACUCUUCCCAGAACAGCAAAGUCCUGAACGGCCUGCUCAAGACGGAACUUGCCUUUCAGGGUUUCGUCGUCUCGGACUGGUUCGCGCACCAAUCCGGCCUUGCCAGUGCUCAGGCCGGCCUCGACGUAGUCAUGCCUGUUGCUCCCCUAUGGUCCAACGGCAACCUGACCAAGAUGGUAAACAAUGGGUCCCUACCCCUGUCCCGCCUCGACGACAUGGUCACUCGGUCCCUUGCCGCCUGGUACAAGUACGGCAACCCGAGCAUGACCAACAUCGGCCACGGCAUCCCCAACAACCUGACCCUGCCGCACAAGUUCGUCGACGCGCGCGAUCCAAGCUCCAAAAACACCAUCUUCCAGGGUGCAGUCGAGGGCCACGUGCUGGUCAAGAACGUCAACAACGCCCUCCCGCUCCGCAAGCCCAAGUUUCUCUCCAUCUUUGGCUACGACGCCGUCGCGCAAAAGCUGAACACGCGGGAGCGCGCCGGCUUCUCCAUCUGGGGCCGCGGGAUGGCGGGCGCUCACCAGUACGCCAACGGCUCCGAGUUGACAAUGGAAAUGUACGACUGGUUCUUCGCCUCGAGCGUUGCGCAGCACGAGUCCGGGCCUGAGGUGGCGCUCAACGGCACUCUGAUCACAGGCGGCGGGUCGGGCGCGACGGCGGGGCCCUACAUUGACGCGCCGCUCGAUGCGUUCCAGCGCCGGGCGUACGACGACGAUACGUUUCUGGCCUGGGACGUGCAGAACCAUGCUCCCGACGUGAACGCUGCCAGCGAAGCUUGCAUUGUUUUCAUCAACGCGCAGGCCACCGAGGGAUGGGACCGCAAAAACCUGACCGAUGCGUACUCGGACAACCUCGUCAAUGUGGUGGCGGAACAAUGCAACAACACGAUGGUGGUCGUCCACGCCGCUGGGGUGAGGUUGGUGGACGCCUGGUACGACCACUCCAACGUCACGGCCGUGGUCCUCGCUCACCUGCCCGGCCAGGACAGUGGCCGCUCUCUGGUCGAGGUCAUGUACGGCAAGCAGUCCUUCUCUGGCCGGCUGCCGUACACAGUAGCAAAACGAGAGGCAGACUAUGGCAACCUGCUCGACCCCGUCUUCCCCAGCGACGACACGCCAUACUACCCGCAGUCAAACUUCACCGAGGGCGUCUAUAUCGACUACAAGCACUUCCUCAAACACAAUAUUACCCCACGGUUCGAGUUCGGCUUCGGCCUGACCUACACCACCUUUGAGUACGCCAACCUGACCAUCAGCGUAAACGAGCAGGCCGCGUCGUCGGAGCUGCCACCGCGCGAGUCCGAGAUCCUGCCCGGCGGACCCGCAUCGCUCUGGGACGAGGUUGUGCGCGUCAGCUGCACCGUCACCAACGUAGGCGAUGCGGCCGCCGCCGAGGUCGCGCAGCUCUACCUGGGGGUGCCGGGCGGGCCGGAGAAGGUGCUGCGCGGGUUCGAAAAGCGACUGCUUGAGCCGGGGCAGGGAGCCGUGUUUGAGUUUUCGCUGACAAGAAGAGACGUCAGCUCGUGGGACGUUGUCAGGCAGGGAUGGGUGCUGCAGCGAGGGAGCUAUGAAGUUCAUGUGGGCAAGAGUGUAUUGGACACUCCAUUAAGGAGUAGUUUUAAGAUUUUAUAA